AUGUCUCGCCGUCUGGUUAUCACUAGAGCGUCCACGGCAUCCUUGAUUCACGACGAGGAUCAAGAGCUGGACAACUUCGAAGCCCUGGCCUCCUCCCAGCCGAUCCCUCUGUUUCAGCUCUGCACCAAGGCCGGCUCGAAGAAAGGUGCAAGAAGUCGGAAGCUUCUGUCGGAGAUGCCAUCUACGAGCGACCCAAAGGAUUUGCGUCCGAUGAGCCAACAAAAGGCCCUGUCUCAUCUUUCCGCGUUACACCGUGCCAACAGUGGGGACCACCAUCUGAAACUGGCCACCGAGUCUUUCGUAUCCUCCCGCCUAGAAUCACAGGGAUGGGACAGCAGUGAUGAUAGUCAAAUUCAACAGAACCCUUUAAGCUAUUCUAGGUCUUAUGACUCCUCUUACUCGUUUGGCACUCCGCUCCAUCGAUCGGUUACUGAGGAUACUUCUUUGCACCUCUACGGAGCCAGCUUUGAUCGGACCUAUAGUCAAUCUCCAUACGAGUCCCUGCGGGUCCGUGCCCGUCUUAAGCGACCUGAAACCCGGAUUACAUCUGGACUUGAGAUCUCGGGGCCUGGGCCACAGCACGAGCAACCCGUGGAACAUGCGCAUGCUCGCGAACUGGGAAAGGAGGAGAAAAGACGCAGGUUCAAGGAAGAGGUCACAGCGCUGCUCAAAAAUGUGGCCCAGAAUGCCGAAAGCUCCAAGACAGAUGAUGAACAGUUACAGCUCCGAGAAAAGGCCGUAGCAGCCCAAGCCCCCAAGACUCAUACUCCACCCAAGAGUCCGAUAUCAGAGACCAACGCUGCCAGCACCGACAAUGCGUCGAACCUUGCCAAUGAAGUCGCAACUUAUGCCGACAAAGUCAUAAGAACACCACCCGGACUCACUAGACCCAAAGUCCUGCAUCAGCAAACAACCAGAUUGGAAGAAGCGGAGGCUUGGUUUCACCGGGACGGUCGAGGUCAGGACGGACUUCGGCAGCAAAUUGCAGGAAUCGCCGGGAACUGCGCCAGUACGAAGGAAGAGCAGAUGACACUUCUCCUGGGUGACAUUAUUCUUAACCUCUACUCCUAUAUUGCUGGGGACCGUACGAAGCAGGCUGCCAACUUUGGCGAUUUCGGAGAGUCGCGCAUCCCCAAAUUUCCCACCCUCAGUGAUCAAUUGCACCACCAGCCCGGAAAUCUCUUCCACACCAUGCGCGACGAGAUCAAAGAUGCCCUCAUCGAAGAGGCUGCCCAUGACCGGGCCGUCGCCAAAGCGAUCCUCCUAUCAGGAACAUACUUGUAUCCCCUGAAGGGCCUCAUCUACACAGCCAACCAUCCACCCCUCUGGCAACCCUUCCUCUCCCGCUCCGGCAAAAUCAUCACCCUCGGCCUAGGCGUCACCUCCACCAUGUUCUUCUUCACCUACGCCCCGCAAGCAGCCUUCAUGACCAUCACCAACGGCGCCAUGGCCCCCAUCUCCGCCGCCCUCCUCGUCCUCAGCGAAAGCUCCACCAUCACUACCUUCCUCGCUCGGUCUUUCCUCCUCCCCGACGCAAUCACAGAUACCUUUGACGCUGCUCUCCUUGAAGAAGGUCAGGAUGCGCUUGUCGCGCAGGGCAGAAAGAUCAAUCCCAAAUCCAAGUCCCAUGAAUCUGCGGCUGAUGCGAUUGAGCGUCUUGGUGAGAAGGGAGGUGUUAAGGGCGUGGGGAAUGUGGAGGCCUUCACUCCGCAUUUAUUGCUUAGGUCGUUAUUGUUCCUACCGUUGAAUUUCGUUCCGGUCGUGGGAACGUUCAUGUAUGUUUAUGCCCAGGGGAAGGUGUAUGGGCCUGCUCUGCAUGAGAGGUUUUUUAGGUUGAAGGGGUGGGGGAAGAAAGAGAGGGAGAGAUUCGGAAUGGCUGCUUUUGCGCUCGAAAUGAUUCCGUUUGCGUCUAUUGCGUUUGCCUUCACGAAUACUGUUGGGGCGGCGUUGUGGUCUGCGGAUUUGGAGAGGAUUAUGCAGUAG